AUGGACUUUUUCGGACCUCUCUCGUAUCGGAUAAGAGAUAACACCAUUGGAAAAUAUUGGAUGAAACUUUCCACAUGCCUGAAUACUCGAGCUAUCGCCCCAUACGCUCCGGCGAUUUAUCGCCACUAUCGGUGCCCAACGUGGUUGAUAUGCGACAAUGCUCUGUCAUUCGAAAGCGUCGCCAACUGCUAUGCUUCUACCAUCACACGCGACAACCACGACGAUGUACUCGACUACUGCGCCAAGAAAAACAUAGAAGUAAAGUUUAUACCAGCAUUAAGCCCCUGCCAAGGAGGAAUAUAUGAAAAAAAUGAUCGACUUGUUCAAAAGGUCUCUCAAGCAUGCUAUAGGAUCACGACUUCCCGACCUCGACGACAACAACAGCAAAAGAGUCAGAAGCGAUCGUCAACACACGUCCUCUAA